AUGGUGGCUCCUAGCCCUUUUUCUAAACAGGCACAACAACUGAGAUCUAGGAGUGAAGAUGAUCGCAAACCAUCCCCUGGUAAAUCCAAGCUCGUCCACAAGGUCUCGAACCCUUCGUUCAUCCUGAAAGCCCCUGGCCACUCUAGAUCAAACUCUUUCCAAAAGAAAACAAUUCGUCGUACCAAAUCAACACUAUUAUCUUCUUCUUCAAAUUACAAUAAUAGCAAUAGUCUGACCCUCAAUUUCAACUUUGAUGGCCUUCAUCUCAAUUCAAACUUUAAGUUCUCAUUCGCCAAAAAGAAUACCAAUGAAGAUAGCAACAAUAGCGACCAACAACCAAAGAUCUCGUCAUUUAGCAAAAACUUAAUGAGCCAGCUUGAUACUUUUGGUGUGCCUACUCCUCUUGCAAAUAAAACCCAAAACCAAAACUUCUUGGACGAUAUCGAUAGUCCUUGCAAGCGUGAAAUGGAUAGUCCUCUUGCGAGAAACCCGCUUAAAAAGAAGGUUAGACGUUUCCGUUCCAUGUACUAUGACCCGAACGAAGUUAGUGGUAAUGGCUGUAUGAAUUCCAAAUCUCUUUCCAACACCCCAAUUGAAGACGAGUUCAUGAUUGACGACUCGUAUCUCAAGAAAUCAAAAAUCGCAACUUUUAAUGUCAAGGAUGACACCAUCCCAAGAAUUUCUGUCGAUACUCUUGUAUGCCUUCUUGACGGGGAAUAUUCUUCGUCUUUCGAGAAGAUCACCAUCAUCGAUUGUCGUUUCGAAUAUGAAUAUCAAGGCGGUCACAUCAAUGGCUCUCUCAAUAUCAGCUCACAAACCCAACUAGAAGAAACUUUCCUUACCAAUCUUACAAAGACAGUCGACACCAAUGGGAACCAAAGAAACCUCAUGGUAUUCCAUUGUGAGUUCUCGUCUUAUCGUGGUCCUUUCAUGGCAUUGCAUCUUCGCCAGUGUGAUCGUAUCAUCAAUAAGGAAAACUAUCCAAACCUCAACUUCCCUAAUAUUGUGGUGCUCGAGGGUGGCUACAAAAGCUUCUUCAAUUUACAUUCGCUGCGAUGCUAUCCUCAAUGUUAUGUGGAAAUGAAUGAUGAUAAGCACAAAGUGGCUUGUGAACGUGAACUUGACCGUUUUAGAAAGGACCGUAAAAAGAUCCUUACCAAAGCCUCAUCUUUCCACUUUGGCUCAUCUAAUAAUGAAUCCUCAUCAUCCUUAACAACCACAUUUUCCUCCUCCUGUUCUACAGUACACUCAAAUCCAACAAUAAACAACGACACAGAUUCAUUGUGCUCCAAUACUUCUCCAGUCUUGGAGUCUACGGCUUCUUUUGUUUCCAAUUCAUCCACGCGGACCCUCCUCAAUAGACACAGAAGACACAAUACCAUGGUUUUAAAUAAUGUUUUCUCAUCUUUCGAAACUAACAUGAUUCUGGAAGAAGAUUUCCAAUUCCCCCCUGACCCUCCAUCGUUUCCUAAACCUCUCGAACUCCAAAAGAGUUUUGCCGACAUUCUUGAUGAACGUUGCAAGAAAUCCAGCGGCUCAAUGGUAGAAACCUCAGGUGGUGCGUCAUUUACUUCUUCUGAUGAUGAGUUGGGGAUUAAAGCAUUUUCAAAAUAUCUAGAGACCUCCGACAGUGACAGUGAUACUGAAUUGGUAUCCUUCCCAAGAGUAUUGCAAGGUCUCGAUAUUGCCAUUGACUCGCCAACUAUCCGCCGCAAAUGA